AUGAGACAACUUAAGGUUGUCAUUGGUGAUGAUAAGAAUUUAGCUUUUGUGUCUGACCGGAAUAAUUCACUUGCUAAAGCUCUUGCAAAAGUGUAUCCGCAUGCUCAUCAUGGAAUUUGCAUUCACCACUUGCUGAACAAUGUUGUUACAUAUUUCAAGGGUAAAGGUGUCGCUGGUUUGGUGGCAAAGGCUUCUAAAGCUUACCGAGUUGCUGAUUUUAAGAAGCAAUUCACUGCUAUUUUCUCAAUUAGUCCUGCAAUUGGAAACUAUCUGAUACAAGCUGAUGUGAGAAAGUGGGCUCGUUGUCAAUUUCCGGGUUACAGGUACGAUGUUAGGACCAAUAACCCUGCUGAAUCAAUAAAUUCUGCUUUGCGUUCGCCAAGAGAGUUUCCAGUUAUACCCUUGUUGGACAGCAUAAGGGAAAUGAUGAUUCGAUGGUUUUUCAAACGUAGAGCUUUAAGUUCAAAGCAUAAACAGCCACUGACCAUUGCUGUAGAGAAGAAGAUUGAUCGAAGGAUUGAGAAGGGUAAGAAGUUUCAGGUUUUUCCAGUUAGCGAUGCCAGGUUUUUGGUUCGAGGUGACACUUUUGAAUGUAUGGUCGACUUGGUCAGACGCACAUGUUCAUGUGGGAAAUUCGAUCUGAUGAAAAUUCCAUGCAGACACGCCAUAAAAGCAGCUUUCAGCGUAGGCAUACAAGCACACACACUCACUGACGACAUGUACACCACUGCUUCAUGGAGAUCGAUUUAUGAAGAAAGCAUAAAUCCUAUUAGUGUCCUGGAAGAUGCAUGGAUUGUUCCAUCUCACGUACAGCAAGCGAAAGUCCUCCCUCCAGAAACUAGAAGAGCUGCAGGUCGGAGAAAGAAACGUAGGUACGAGACAGUUGAAGACAAGAUCCGCUCGUCACAAGGAACUCAAAGCUCUAAACGUCGUAAAUGCAGUCGAUGUGGUAUUGAAGGUCACAACCGCUCCACAUGUGAUAGAGCAAUAUAG